AUGGCCAUCAUCAUCCUCAUCUUCCUCGCCUUCGGUGAGGAGGCCUACGUGGGCGCGGACAGUGUGGGCGGUUUCAUCACGUUGAUGCUGAUCUAUGGCAUUUGCAACAUCCCCCUGAUGUACCUCUUCACGUUCGUGUUUCGUGUACCCAGCCUGGCCUUUUACACCUUUGCCCGAGGCUUCUACGACAUGUCUCUGCGGUAUGCCAUUAGGAAUCUGCAGUUGGACAAAUUCUUUAACACGGACCUCUUCGGUUGGGACAUGCUGGGCGGCAAGAUCACUCUGCUGUUGGUGGAGGCAGUCAUCUUCUUCGGUGGGGUGCUUCUUGUGGAGUACAAGUCUGCAACCUGUCGGUGUGGUUGCAGAAGGAAAAAAGGUGCGGGAGGUGCUAUCGUUGACUCCGGCGACGAGGUGAGGAUGGAUCCGGAUGUGAUGGAGGAACGUCUGCGAGUCUAUAGGGUGAGUGUUUUUUCCUACAGUAGAGUAUUUUGUUCUUACCUGAGAGCUGACGGGGACCGAUCUGAUUGUUAUGACCCGAGAAGCAGGCAGAAAAGAAGGCCAAGAGCCGAUUCUGGUGGCAAGGGUUUUAUUCAAGGCAAAACAAAGAAAACGGAUGUUCUAGCUUGCCCACUCCAGCGUAUUUGUAUGGUUCUGCUCCUUCUGGAAAAGUCCUGGUCUAUGGUGUGUGACAGGUGUUCUGGCCUGCACGCCGAUCGAUAG